AUGCCGGAUAAUGAGAUUGACCAAGAGUUUUUGCAACGGGUAAACGACUUGCACAAAUACCUAUGUGACUGUAGCCCGUUGAAACUCAAAUCAGGCAAGCCCAUAAACGGCAGAAUGCUGAAAACGAUCAUAAUAAGCUACAUGAAUUACGUGAAGGAAAACACGGCGCCGUGUUUACAAGAUGCUAUGAAACUAAUGGCUGACAAGGAAAAUCAGUUUGCAGUAAGGAAAGCGUCAGAAUGCUACCAAGAAGAAAUGAAAAAGAGGAUAAACAAACACAUACCAAAUGAGAGCGGGCUUGAGAGAUAUCACAAUGAUUGCAUGGACAUUGCUGUCAAUAAACUAAAGGAACUUGUUGUUGUAGAUGACAGUGACUUAUUUCACAGAAAAGCGUCCGAAUGUUUUGAAAAUCAAUUGAAACGUUUCAAGUCAAUCGUAGAGAGAGACUCCCUUGAGAGAUGCAGAAGGUCUCUAGAAAAGCUCGACAAAAAAAUUCAACUGAAAAUCAGAGAGAAGAAGUAUGCGCAUGUGGACGGCUACAGCGAAUACAUAGCAGACAUCAACACUCUUACUGGUGAAUUUACAAAGCAAGAACUUUACCUUGGAUCAAAGACUAGAGCCGCUUUGCAGGGAUAUAUGGAUGGAAAGGUCGAAGAACAACUUGUCUACAAAAUGGUUAAGGAAAAAAAUGAACAUCAGUUACAUCGCUUUUCAUCUGGAUCAGUUGUUUUGCCAAUGGAAUUUGCAGAUGUUACAAAAGGAGAACAAUCAAGUAAAAAGAAGGCACUUGAGUCAUUUAAAAAAAAUGAAAAGGAUGGGCUGAUGAGUCUUGGAUCUGAAAUCAUUGAAAAUCUGGAAAUGAAGUUACAAGAAAUGGAGCAGGCUAAGACCGAGUUAUCAGAAGACGACACAUACUAUAAGCAACUUGUAGCAGAGUUUGACGCCUGGAAUAAUAUCUACAAACAGGAAAACUCACGAAGGGUCCGACGAUUCCGAAGCCAAUCCCAAAGCCAAAACCGGUCAUGA